AUGUUAGCCAACACGGGGCUACCUCUGGAAUUCCUUCAAACCGUCAUUGUUCCCGAUGUCUUGUCUUUUGCAUGGGAGACUGAUGCUGAUCCUGAAAACCUUGGAUGUAAAAUAAUAAAGUUGCUUGUGGAACUACUAGUAGAGGAAACCGACGAUGAGGGUGAUGAUCAGCAAGGAGAUGAGUCUGCUCUUCCUCCUAUAAUCCCACCUUCUAGUGAACAUAUCAGCGAUGAUGGAGUUUAUCUUCUUGAGAAUGGUGAGGAUGCUUUAAUAUAUUUUGGGAGCUCAGUGGAUUCAAGUAUAUUGCAACAAAUUUUGGGCUUUACCUCAGUUGAUGAAGUCCCCACUCAGUUGGAGUUUCAUUACGCUUCACGUCUCAACUUGGAAACAACGUCCAUAGAAACUCAAUCUGUAAUGUGUCCUAGUGACAUGCUUUUAUCUGAAGAGCACGGUCCAGACAUUCUACUUUCAAUAUUGUCACCCAACUCGGCUAUACCUCUGGAAACUCUUCAAACCGUCAUUGUUCCCGGUGUCUUAUCUUUUGCACGGCAGGUUGAGGCUGAUCCUGUUAACCUUGGACGUAAAAUAAUAAAAUUUGGUGUGGAAAUAUUCCUUCCAGAACCUGAUGAUGAGGUGAUUGAUGACUCAUUGAGUACAUUGAAUUUCAAGCCUGCUAGUCGGUCAUCUAUUCAAGCUCUGAAAAGGAUGAAAUUGGGUGACGAUGAAGAUCAUCUCUUACCAUUCAAAAAGAGAAGAAGGCUUGACGGUUUGACUUCAAGUACUUCAGAGAAAGAAUGUAGUAUCUGUUUGGACGAGAUUUCGGACAGUGAAGAGGUUGCGUUGAUGCCUUGCGGACAUGUUUACCACGAUGGUUGCAUCGUUAGGUGGUUGGAGACGAGUCACUUGUGUCCACUGUGUCGAUACAAGAUGCCAAGUUGA